AGAUAUUCGGCAGCGGCGAUUGUUCGCGUAUCCAUUGUCUCAAGCUAACUCGAGUAGAUAUUGGGCUAUAGAAGGACAAACGCUGAUAAAAGAUUACCGCGACAGUAUCAUUUGAUCCUCCGAGGGAAAAACAUCUCCAUGAAUAAGGAGUGCAGUCAUUGCGCAGGAGUGGAAUAAUUGAAUCAAUUCAACGAACGCCUUCCGUUGCUGAUUGCAGCGUUGGGAAGUGUAUGUGAUAAAUCAGUGGUUACGAGAGUGUUUGAAAGAGUCUUAACCGUAAAUGUUGGUGCUGUUGACUUCAGAGUUCGAUAUUCGAUGAAAUUGGAUUAAGAGUGAUCAUAUCAAAAUGUUCAGAUAUUGCUGUUGCUUCUUUCUUCUGCUGGUGGUUAAAACUUGUUACACUAAAGAGAUGACGGAUAUUGAAGCGUUGCAAUCGCUGCCAACGCGAUGUACCUACGAAUACGCAUACGAUAUGUAUGGGGCGCACUGCGCUGGAUUGCGACUUACCAAAAUACCGAGUCUUAAAGGAGGAAUAGAGAUUCUCGACUUCAGCGAUAACAAAUUGCAAGAAAUUCAUGCAGACACGCUAUCGUACUAUACAAGUAUCAAAUACCUGUAUCUGUCCGAAAAUCAAAUCUAUUCAAUCGACAAGGACGCAUUUUCGUAUUUGACAUAUCUACAGACCCUCGACCUCUCGAAAAAUGUCAUAUUCCAACUUCCAGAAACUAUAUUUCAAUUGCCAUCAUUACGAAAGCUAUAUUUAAAUGGCAAUCCAUUAUUACACUUAAGCUUAAGUAGUAUGGAGAUAAGCAAACCUAUAAGGGCUCCCUUAGAUCUUUUGGACUUAUCUGAUUGUAAGAUCAAAGAGUUGCCGGACUUGGGCAUACUUCCACAAAUGAUAUUUUAUAACAUUUCCCACAAUCCAUUGACAUCCUUAGAUGCACAAUCUUUUAGUGGGAUGUGCAAACUUUCGAAAGUAGAUUUAACGGAGUCUAUCGACAACAUCAAACUUUGUGAUAUGAAAUUAAGUGUCAUGUGGUUCCAAGAAAAAGGAAUAUAUUUUCAAUUGGGUGAUUACACGAAACUUAAUUCUAGAGAAUACGAGAAUUGUCCUAGAAUAGAUAUACCACAAAAUCUCAAUGCCACUUUCAACCAAUGCCGAAUGGAAUAUACUGAGAUACAAAGUGUAAAAACGUCUCGUCGCACUUGGAUGACUAUCGGUGGCGGUCUCGCUGGGUUUCUAGUCGGUUUCGUCUUAUUGUUAUACAUUAUGCACCGACAUAACGUAGCGCAGACGAAGAGAACUACCAAGGAGGUCAAGAAGGUUCCACCAAGUAACGACAAAAACGCAACUGCUAUACUCCUUAAUGACGUAUCUUAGGCUUCCGGUGUUUUAGUUAACAUUUUUGUUUGCAAUGGGAAUGCAAAUUAUUGGGAUUGACUAAGUCUAAAAAUAGGGACCGUAGAUCUCAGGCAUAUGUUAUGCUACAUUUAUCAUUUAGCCGAAGCCAAAGAAAAGUCUUGGUAAAAAAGGUACAUCUUUGGAAGAUAGAUUUUAGGAAUAAGCUUUUUUUUACAAUGUAUAGAUUUACUUUAUGCGCUUUGUUAUUAAUAUGAAUCGCGAUGUUUAGUAACCACCGCUUAGUAAUAUAACUAAAUAGAUUUCAUUUACAUAUAAGUUACAAUAAAUUUACUGUAAGGCCGAAUAGGCCAGGCAACAUAGACUACCAGGCUAAUUAUUUCUCAGAGUUAAAAAAAAAUCUAAUCUUAAAGAGCGGAAAGAAGAUUUGGGUGCCAAUUUUCUGCUUCUACUGUAUGAUUGAUAUCUCAAAAAUCUCUAAAAUGCUUCAUUAUUUAUAUUUUUUCUAAUUACGACUAAAAUACACAUUUCUAUAUUUUUUUUAUAAAAGAAUGGAUAAUUGCAAUAUAAAUUCUUUAUCCACAGAAACUACGAAAAUCCUUGAUAGUUCCGUACUAACUAAAAUUACCUUUGGUGGGAAAAUUAUUCCACUACGUUUCGAAUCACAACAUAUAACAGCACUAAACUUGAGAGGGUAUAAGUAGAAACGCUUUGCUUAAAUUAAUCACAAUUAGGCCGCUUGGUUGUUGGCUUCUUUGGAUUGGGAUGAAAAGUUUUACUUAAUAAUAAGUUUAUGAGCCUUCGGCUUUGAAAAUAUUGUUGUUAGUUAUUGAUGACACUACGAUAUGAAUAAAUAUUUUACAAGGCAGUAAAUUCUAUAAGCCUUUUUAUUUUAUGCAAUAAAUCUUACGUUUCAACGCAGAAUUUCAUGUAUCUAAGUACUUUAAUUUGUACGAGUAUUUUUUUAUAUAUGCAUGGUUCAAACACUGUAAAAAAAUCGAAGAUUUACGAGGUUUUUGAGAUAUCUAUUUUAUAGGAUUGCCACAAUUAUUGCAAAUUUUAAGUUACAUGCAAAUGAAGAGUUAAAAUCGUUUUCACGUUUCCGAGAACAAAUCGCCUUAAACGUUAAAACCCAUGUUUUAGCUGGACUAUAUAAUGCAAAUUAAUAAUAAAUUGACAUAUUUUAUAAUUAUUUCAGGUAACUGUCCUUUUACAUAGAGUUAAAUUUAGAACAAGUAGUAUGCAUGAAUUUGUUUUUUAUCAACUAAUCCAAUAAUAAGACCUACGUAAUACUAAACGUAUGUAUAGUGGGUACCUAUGGUGUUGAUCACAUACUUUAAAAUUACUCUUACAGUGAUUCUAUGGUUACACAUUCGUACAUAACAUAAUAUUAGAAUACGAUAGGAGGCUUCGAAAGGCUGAUUAGAUUUACUAUUUUUUAAAGAAAUAAAAAUCAUUAAAUUACUGUGCAACUAUUUUAUAAAAUAUGUAUUGAUUUGGUUAUGAAUGUUUACAAUACUUUUAAUGUCUACUUUUUGUAUUAGGAUUCCUUCCUAUAUACAAACACGUAGUUUAAAUUACUAUUACAAAAAAAAUGUAUUUAUAGUGUAGCUUAUAUUCUUAAAGAAUAUAUAAAAAUAAUUCUAUAUUUAUAUGGUUGCAAAAUAUUAAAUGCAAAUGUUUUCCUUUAAAUGUAGCCUAAAGAGAUUUAAGCGAAACGUUUGAUAGAGUAUCAGUGUAUUUAUAACGAUAUUGCCAAAGAUAAUGAAUGAUGUUAAUAAGGCUAAAUACGCACUGUAUGAUUUUUAGUCUUAACGUCGCGUAUGCGGAAUUGGAAUGGAUAUCGUUAUUAUAUUUAAGUUGAAAUAAACUUUGCACAGUAUUGUGGAAAGGUUUAUUUCAACGUCGUUUUAAUGGUGGUAAUUGUAUUGUGAGUUUUUAGUUUAAGUGAUUAUUUUUACGUUUAUAAUUAAAAAUAUAUUUUUAUAUAAAAUAUAAGAACAUGAAUUUAAACUAUCUAAUGCACUGUGAUAUAAAAAUAUUAACAGA